AUGUCUUCUUCCGAAAGCGACAACGAUACUCGGGGCUACACUCUCAGAGAUAGCCAAGUGGCUCUACUGCAGCAGAGGCUCGAGGCUUACCGUCGUAAGCGCAAGAACAAGAAGGAUAAAGUGGGGCGUGCGCAAGUGGUCAGGGACGCGGUUCGCGUAUUGAAGGAAGACUACGAGAGCCUGGCACGGGAAUUGAUGUCCAAGAGUCAUGAGGCGCGACUGAAGGCGGCGGUCACCAAAUGGUUUGAGCUGAACGUCAAGUAUGAGAGAGGGCCCAAUAAGAAGAUUUGGGGCACUCGUUGGAGCGCUCGCCUCGUAUUCCAACACGAGCGUUCUCGUGCUAUUGUAUAUCUCGCGAAGCUCCUAUCCCAGGACCCUCAGCCUCCCUUGCCCAACCUUCGCCAGCUCCUUGACGAGGAGGAUUUAGUCAUACCACCCGAGGCAAUUACUCCCGCCCAGGCCGUCUACGUACCAUCGUAUGACGACGAGAGUGACGAAGAUGAGGGUGGAGAAGCCCCUGAGGAGGAAGAGGAGGAGGAGGAGGAGGAGGAGGAGAGCAACGAGGAAGAGGAUGUGGCGGAGCAGGAGGCCUACCAUAGGCUUGCUGAGCGUGUUCAGGAGAUAGAGAAGGUCACUGUGAAGCCCUUUGCGAGGUAUCAGCCUGCCACCACACUUCUCUUCCGGGCCCUCUCCGACGAGGAACGCGCGUACUAUCACAAGAAGGCAGGAAUAUGGCUGGCGAUGGGACCUCCUCUCGCAGAGCGUCGAAGGGUUGCAGAGCGGUUCAUAGGGUCCAGGGUCUAUGAUUUCAUCGUGACACUCCUGAACGACAUGAACGCUCGAGUAUACCUCUUCUUGGCGUACGAGAAGAAGGACGGGUCUAGGGUCUCUGUUGAUGUCGACUACAACAAGGACUUGGGCGGAUGCGAGAGGGCGUUCAACGAGGAGUAUGCGCAGGAGUGCAAGGCGCUGAAGGAUCUAUGGGAUCUUUGGGCGGGGGCAGUCUACGCCGCACAGGAAGGGGCAGACCCGGAUGCUACCAUGACGAAGGCGAGCUUAGGGAAGAAAGGGAAGCCCCUGCUCCCGAUGGACUUGCGGGACGACGGAAAGCCCAUACUGCCUCCCCUCUACACGAAACCCGAUGGAGAAGAGCCUGCCGUCUGGCUCAGGUGCCUGUUUCGAAGCUAUUUCACGCGAUACUUUGUCAUUGCCAGGGGUCGCGAUGCAGUACCCCCCGUCGACCUUAAACCAAAGGGACGCCCAACUGUGAAAUGGACGGCACUCAAGACUUAUUUCAACGAAUGCAUCGGGAGCGAGUUCUGGCCUUCGAAUCUACCUUUUAAAGACCCCUACAGAAUGCUGUCAGGGGAACUCCACACGUUACACCAAUUCCUCUACAAGCGGGAAAUCGACAGUUCAGUGGAGGAGAAGUUUAGAUUCAAAGCGUGCCCCGUCCCCACCAAGGGCGGUGGCUACGAGCUCAUUCCCAAUCAGGAGAACGCUAGGGUCAGUUCCGACGAAGAUGAGCAUGGAGCCAACUACUCGCACGAUGUACGUCCCCGCAAAGGGAAGCGUGGGGGAAAGAAAGGCAAAGGCUCUCGCUCAAACCGCUACAUCGAGCCAGACGACUACGACGAAGUCGAGGGAAGAGGUAGGCGAAGAAUUCGAAGUCCGUCUUCGUCACCUUUCCUCGCCUCCGCGAAGGGGUCGCACUACAAUUCGAGGCUCUCGUGCCAACGAAUCACCCUCCCCAUCGCCUAUACGCAGGUCUCGAGCCCCUCCCAUCUCGUCUUCUCGCAGCCCAUCCCCCUCCCCAGUUCGGACGUCUCGCGCGUCAAUCCGUCCCCCUCCCAUCUCGUCUUCGCGCAGCCCAUCCCCCUCCCCAGUUCGGACGUCUCGCGCGUCAAUCCGUCCCCCUCCCAUCUCGUCUUCGCGCAGCCCAUCCCCCUCCCCAGUUCGGACGUCUCGCGCGUCAAUCCGUCCCCCUCCCAUCUCGUCUUCUCGCAGCCCAUCCCCCUCCCCAGUUCGGACGUCUCGCGCGUCAAUCCGUCCCCCUCCCAUCUCGUCUUCGCGCAGCCCAUCCUCCUCCCCAGUUCGGACGUCUCGCACGAUGGUGUUCGUGUCAGAGGGAGUUCUCUUACACGUUCUCCGUGUGUCCGGAAUCCGGAGGAGGAGGAGGUGGUGGUGGAGGAGGAGGAGGAGGAAUUACCUACUUUAGGAGACUUGUUGGAGGACGUGCAGAGGCGGGGGAAGGAGCAGCAAUCUCGACCUCCGAAUUCGCGAAGGGGGAAGGCGUUGACUGAUGGGUUGGCUCCUUUGACCCGGCGGGAGCUCGAGACGCCUCGACUGACUCGGUCCGCAGCCAAACGUACUCGUGACGGUGAAGGAGAGGCGCCAGAGGGCGACGAAAUGCCUCAGGUUGGUCGAUCGACGAAGCGGCAGAAGGGCACUGUGUCUCGGGGAGGUAGUAGGAAAGUUCGUGGAGGGCGUGGUGUGCGUGGAGGGUAG